AGAACGCAAUGGCUGGCUCAGGUCGCUUGGUAAAGCGGCUCCUGCUUUACCUAGCGAUUUCAGCGGUUUUUCGGCCCGACAGUGUCUUUCAACGGAGCAAGCCCACCUAUGAGCACCUGUGGACCAGGUUGCGACCACCGGAUGGCGUGGACAGCACCCCCGCUGUCCACGGGGUGAGUGUCCCUGUCUGGAUGCUGCUAGUACACUAUGGGAGUAUUGAAGUGGCCGAGAGUCGUGCGGUAUGCAGGCAACGACGGCGGCGUGAGAGCGGUGUGCUGCUGCAGCGUGCUGCUCGGCACCUGCUUUUCAUGCCAGGAAUGCCCACGGCGCGCCACCCAGUUUACUUUCUUCUGGGCAGUGUAAAUUCUCAUCAUAUUACAACCGCUUUUUGUUUCAUCGGAACUGGAGCAUAUUUUCUCAUUAUCCUAAUAUCUAUGAUGGAUAUUGAGACCAAUCCUGGCCCUGCUGACGAGCCCAUUAGUAUGGAGGCGCUCAGCAGGCUGCUUGAUGUAAAAUUGAAAGUCACCAAUGAUGCUAUUGAUGGCCUGAAGGACGUCGUGGAGGGUUUUGGCACUCGUUUGACAACCAUGUCGGACAGAAUUGAAGAGCUAACAAAUGAAAAAGUGGCCCUCGCCGCGCGUGUUGAUCGACUAGAGAAGCAACUCGCCACUCAAGAGGGCGAAAGGCGGCGGAAAAACGCAGUGGUGUUCGGCGUCUUAACCGCCGACAACCUUGAAUCGGCGGUAGAUGACCUGCUAUUUGAAAAACUGGAGUUGCCGAGAAAGCCCAGGGAGGAGAUCGUUGAGAGCUUCUUCCGCAUUGGAAAGCCUGAUGGACAAACGCGGCCAAUAGUCAUAAAAUUUUGCAGCCAGGCACAAAAGAGCAUUGCGAUGAAAAAUGCCUUUAAGCUGAAGGGGAAAAAAGAAGCCAUCACUGAUGAUUUGACCCCCGAGGAGAGGAAUGAUCGUCGCGAGCUGCUCAAUGCGCGCAAAGAUGCUCUGCGGGCCGGCAUGCAAGUGAAAGUCCUACGAAAUGGCUUAAUAGUUGGUGGUAAAAAAAUGACUCUUGCGGUCAUACGAACAGUGGGCUGGCUCGAUAACCUUCAGCAGCCGCGGCAGAAGCACAGCAACGAUGGUGAGAGCGUGGCCAGUGCAUCGCAGAACGGCAGGGGCCAGGCGGCGGCAGCGGCGAAGAAGCGCGACCGACAGACUGCCAUGCUCUCACCCGACAAUCCGCCCGACAAUCAGCCCCUCGAGCCCCGAGCUGGCCUGUCCCAGGGUUUUGCCACCGCGCCCCUCAACAAAAAGAAAGCGUCCAGCCAGACAAAGGCGGUGGGCAACUCCCAGAGGGGCAGGAAGGCUCGGAGUCUCGAGAGGGUGACGAGGUCAACGACAAUGGACAGUCAAGUGUGCAGCGAGGGUUCCAACGCAGAUUGAAGACGCCCGAACUGUUGCUUAAAGGUCACGGGCGCAUCGAAUGCGACUUCGGGCCCCCUUUGUCAGUGUAACAGUGCCUGAGCAGUGCUUCCAAGUCAUUUGUUAUCGCCUGUGGAACAACCUGUCGCCGAAUCUGUGUAUGAAUGGGAACUCAAGUGCAUUCAAACAAAAACUGAGCCAAACAUUUCUUGCCAAAUACUGAUAUGAUAGACUGAU